CUCGUUCUCUCUCUCUGUCUGCCUGCCAGCUGAUGCUGACUGGAGGUGAAGCGUUUUUUCUCUCCCCUCGUCAUCCAGGGGAAACCUGGACAGACGGACGGACUGGCGGUGGUUUUGGGGAUUUUGAAACCGGCUACUACUUGAUGAUGACAGUGGGAGGCAACUGCGAAAUUAAAGAAAACAAACCUAAACCGGGAGAGAGAGAGCGACAGCCAGAAACCAAGACUGUGCACAGUAACGCAGAGGGGAAAGACAACAACUUCCAGCGGUUGUGUUCUCGGGGCGGUCUACAGGGAGCUUUGGAGCUGUUGGCACCAGAAAGGUGGCUGUAACCUCCCUGCCUUUGCCCUGGUCAAAGAUGGAGUUCCCCGACGACUUCCUAUUGGCCGAGCUGGGCCACCUGCAGCUCUACAACGACUCGCUAUUCCAGAACAACUUCACCGGUACCUACAACGAGACCGACGCCUUACUGCCAACGGGGGUGAAGGUCACCAUUGUGGUUGUCUAUAUGAUCGUCUGCGUCAUCGGCCUUGUGGGAAACUUCCUGGUCAUGUAUGUCAUCAUAAGAUACACCAAGAUGAAAACGGCCACUAACAUCUACAUCUUCAACCUGGCUCUGGCAGACUCUUUGUUCUUGGCUACUUUACCUUUCCAGGGCACUGACGUGUUUCUGGGCUUCUGGCCAUUCGGGAACGCUCUGUGCAAGGCGGUGGUGUCGAUUGACUACUACAACAUGUUCACCAGCACCUUCACCCUGACAGUGAUGAGUAUGGACAGGUACGUGGCCGUCUGCCACCCUGUCAAAGCCCUGGACAUGAGGACACCUCACAAGGCCAAGGUGGUCAACAUCUGUGUGUGGGUGUUGGCUUCGGCCUUUGGCGUUCCGGCGAUGGUCAUGGGAAAUGUAGAGGAAGAACAAGAGCAUAACAGUGUCGAGUGCAUUGUGGUUUUACCCGAACCAAGGAGUCACUGGGAUCCUGUAUUCGGAACCUGCGUCUUCCUCUUCUCCUUCCUCAUCCCUGUGGCUAUAAUCAGCAUCUGCUACAGCUUGAUGGUCAAGCGCCUGCGCAGCGUUCGCAUCCUGUCCGGCUCCAAGGAAAAAGACCGCAAUCUGCGACGUAUCACCAGGAUGGUCCUGGUGGUGGUGGCAGCAUUCGUUGUCUGUUGGACGCCCAUCCAGAUCAUGGUCCUGGCUCAGUCGCUGGGCUUCAACCUGAGCAGCUUGUUCACAUUGGUCCUGAUGCACUUCUGCAUCGCGCUGGGCUAUGUCAACAGCAGCUUGAACCCUGUGCUCUACGCCUUCCUGGACGAGAACUUCAAGCGCUGCUUCCGCGAGUUCUGCCACCCAUCGCCGUUCCGCCUCGACACCCAGCAGUCAGGCAGGAUGAGGAGCAUUGCCAGGGAGGUGGCGGCGGCCUACAGCUGCAAGGCUGGAGAUGGCGGGGGGCCUGGGGGAGGGACACCUAAUCCAGCAUGACUAGGCGUGGAGCUCCCCUUGGUGGGGGUUGACCCCCCACAGAGGAGAGAGACUCAGGGGACAGGGAACUCCAACACAGAAUUAACUCAGAUUACAGCUCUCUAGCGGCACGAGCCCUCUCGCCCCCCAACUAGAAGACUGGCCUGGGGCGGGGGGGAGGGAGAUGAGGAGGACGGGAUUGAAAGAAAACGAAUUUAAGAAUAAGGAUGGGGGUGGCAAACAUAGGACCCGUAAGGUGCUUUUAUGGGUGGAGGGAAAUGGGAUAUAUUGAAAGCUUGGGUGGGAAGGGUGGUGGACAUCUGGGUGCCAGAUAUGCAAGUAGCUCAAUCCAUUCUGGAUCCUGGAACAACUAUGUCCCUAACUCCACUGAGGCGCUAAGAGGUUUUACCGACUUUAGGGAAACACCAAGACUUGCUUAAGGAUCCAACAGUCUUGAGGUGGAUGUAAAAACAAAAUAGGGGAAAUUUGACAUUUAUUACAGGUCCAACAAACAACAUCCUUGUGAACAGAAACUAGAUCUGCCAACUGAGGCCCUUACCCAGUUGCUGUAGCUCUUAGAAAAAUGCCUGACUCUGUACUUAAGUAUGAGAAGGCAGGUGUUGGAGCCAGACAUUUAGAGAGAACUUAUAAACAGCAAGAGAUUAAUUGAAGGAAUUGCUGAUACCAAAUCUCUGAAACCACUACGCGCUACUUUGGUGCUUGUAGAAAGACUAUAAACAUCGGAAGCAUAGAUCUGGUGGUAUGGACCUCAGACUGAUGACUUGCCAAGGAUGACAAAAGCUUUCUGGAAGUGUGAAAUACUUUCACUACCGUUUAUUGUAUCUUUAUCAGUCGAUGUUUCAGUCUGAGGGACUUUCUAUCAUCACUGGUGGGAGGCAGUGGACAAAAAGCCCUGUGGUCCAUAGUGAUCUCAGUGUGAGUUCUUUAUUGUGAUGGGUCCUUUCCAAAUGGAUCUUCAUAAUGGUAAUAUGCUGCUGAGCCCUUGUCAGGACUAAACUGGGCACAUAAAAAUGUAAUGUGAUAUUUGAGACUGUAGAUAGAAAGUUGGAUGUAAUAUCUGCAAACAAUAGCUGGCAUAAAGAAAAAGAAUAAUGUGCAACAAGCUACUCUUGAACAGUUUUUUUUUUAAACUAUGUCUAUGGACCCGGAAUCGGUCACAUGAAUGUUAUUUCUCAUAGGAGCAACAUUUCUCAAUGUGUCCUCAAUUAAGCAAAAUAAGCCUAAGAAACCUUGUCCUAAACCGCGUUUCUUAGAGGUUUUGUGAUUUUUGAAAACUUUCUAUGAUCACCUGUGGGUGUUGGAAAUUUAGAGUCUGGGUGUAUGGGAUGGGGGGUGGGGGUGGGGGAGGGGUGAGAUUGUAACCUGAAAGAAACACAAACACUCAACAAAUGUAUGUGAAAUGUAAAUUAGUACCCAAAGGUAGAUCUACUCGUAUGACAUUUCCAGCUAGGGCUUCAAAAGUUCUCCAUAAACAAAUCUUUAAAGUGGCCUGGGCAAAACCAAUGCAUCGUAAAAGCUGUUUCAAAGAUUUGCAUCGAGCACUUAGGGAACAUAGGAUGCCUUAAUUUCUACAUACAUUAUACCCAUUAUACUAACGCAUAAAUUGUCAGAUAAAAGUAAAGUGAUUAGUGGUCUUCUUAAUUGGAUUAAAGAUUAAAAAACUAUCCCCAUUUUUUGGGAUAUGCUUACCAGAACAUUUACCAUUGAACAAUACAUGACAACAUAUGUUUAAAAAUUAAUAAUAUUAAAUACACAUUACCAAAACAUGAUAGCAGUGUCACACAAUCUGUCUGGUGUGUCUGGUGUUUUCUAAAAUGAUGUGACCCUCUAAAAGAUGAUCAACUAGGGACUCAAUUGGCAACUAAUGCUCUGUCUGUUGUGAUGGUAACAUUGCAAUGAUAGUGAAAAACAAUGCAUAAGAUGACUUUUAGAUAUAGGUAUUAAGUGGCAGUUUAAAAGGAUCUGUUUCACAUGGAAAUGUCUAAUAUAAUAAGAUGCUUGCUUUCACCUUAUGGUUCAGUUUCUAAUGAUACCAACCAUCCUAAUUAACCAUUCUGGACAAAAAUGACACAUCUGGAUGUGCUGUUUUUUUCCCCAGGUGUUUAGCUUUUGGUGGGUUUUUAGGAACCCAUGGUGAAACUGAUUGGUUUGAGAUAUUUGGAGGUGGAGACAUUUACAUUGGGCAGGGGUUUGGGGUAGGGUGUUAACAGUGUUAACAGUGGAGUAAUUUUGACUCCCAGCACCACAGUGGCAAAGCAGGAGGAAGGGGUCACAGUGCUCUGACCCCACUCCAAGGGACAAAGGGGCUCUCUCUCUUCUUAGUGUCUUAAAGUGGAAAUCAGCCCUGAAACAGAAGUCAUGUCUAGUAUUCUCAUGGUCCUGGACAGUUUUGGAAAUUAUACUGACAGAUUUGGACUAGAUGCACAAUGUCGAUGUGAACUUUUAGAACACUUACUCGACUCUUCAACUGACAAAAAUAGAACAAAGUAUCAAAAAUAUGAAGAAAUCAUUUUAUGCAAAAUGCAGAAUAUAAUUUGUUUCUGUUCUUGACUGGAAAUUUGUCUGCUAUACUUACGCAAAUCUAACUGUAACAAUUUUAAUUAAGUUUUAGUUAGUUCAAAUUCUAAUUGUUUGGGUGAUACUGUGAUGAUCAAAAAUUGUAACAAGUAUUUCCUGUAUGUUUGCAAAAAGUAUAAUAUUAGAACAACUAUUUACACUUUUUGUGGCACUGCUCAUUUCAAACAACAGAAGAAUCUCACAUUUUUACUUUUAAAUAUAAAUAAAAAUAUGGAAAGAGAUAGUCCUACAAGCAGAUAGAAUAAUAGAAUUUAAUGAUUUUUAUUUAUAAUAAAAGCAGAGUCAGUCACUCAGUUCACGGGAAAUGUUGGUGCAUCUUCUGAUUCAUGCUUUUUUUGUGUGACUUGAGGUUUUUUUUGUUUUUUUUUGUUUUUUUACUAAUAAUAAUUUUAGUUCACAUUUAUGCAGUUUCACAAUUUCACACUUUGAAUAUUUCCACUUUUUCAGAUGGUUGUCAGUUGAUGGUUAAACUGUCCAGGCUGUAAGAAUGAACAUGUGGAUUCUGUUUUAGGGUUGGUAUCCCCUUUAGUUUUAUAAUCGUGUCUCUUGUAGUUACUUUAGUGUUUCACUUGGUUAUCCUUAUUUUCAACACAGAAAUAGUUUUUUUUUCACCCAUUUCUUUUCUUUAACAGAUUAAUUUUCAGGAUAAAAGUAGAUUCCAUUUGUUGUCACAAAUGGUCAUGGUUUGCUGUGUUGCUUUUAUAUUGUUGUUAUUUUUCUGUCUGUGGAAACCAACGUCUUUGCUGCUGCUACUCUUUGCAGCAUGUUUCAUAAUGUUUUGAUUUUUUUUUUCAUUUUCCUUAUAUUGUUUUGUUUAUUUUUUGAGAGGAAAAAUUCUAUGAACUUACAUUGCCUUAAAUAUCAAGUGAAGUCUGUUACUGAAGCUCGCUCUCUGGCUGGAUAAAACGUGUUCUAGUUUUUACUGGUGCUUUGCUGUUAGUUUAUACUAUAGUCCAGGACUGUAUUCAUAAAGCCUCUGAGAAGAGAACUCGUCAGGCGGGAGAAUAAUUACAUUUUCACUUUGUAUUUCUUAAAACUGUUUUCUUUAGCCUUAAAAUAAGGUCGAACCACUUUAUUAAUGUGUAACAUUUGCUAAAAUGUCAGAGGUGAAUCCAGUGUAAUUAAGUCAUUAACGCAUUUUAGAGAAGUGGAAAUUAAACUGACGACAUAGACGACAUAGAUAGACACAUUACAUGAGGAGUUUUACACAGCUUCUCCUUAUGCCUGUGAUAACUGGUCGUUGUAUAACCUAAUAGCUCUCUGCAGUGUGCUCAGAGUACAUUAUCACUUACUGAAAGUUGUACAUUUGGGAGCUCUUUGCUUCUUUGCUUCAAUAUUACCUGUUUUAACACACCAGGCAUUCACUGGUUUUGGUUGUUAAAUUCCACCUCAAAUAUUCACCUGAUUCAGUUUGCUGAAUAAAACUAAAAUAAGCCAUAGAGUAAGAAAACCAUACACUAGCUCCUUUUAGGUUGUCAUGUCAUAAGCACAAUAAUACACUUUAAGAUGUUUUAAUAUAGAAAAUAAUGGACUCGGCUUCACCUCUAAACUGACACAUGUUUGCUCAGCGUUCCAGCUUUCUUUCAGCUCGCUGUUCAAACUCAGAACUGAAUUCACUGGCAACUCAUGAACAGUGAGCAGGAAGGCUGUUCUGGAAGGCUAUUGGAUAUUAACCCAUUAAGACCUAAGAUGCCCUCUAAAAGAAAUGUUUUAAAACCUCAGCACUCUUUGAAAAUAAUCCCUUAAAACAUGCAGGUUUUCUGAAAAACUUCAAGUGAACUAAAACCUUUAUUAGUGAGCAGCUAAAAACAUGAAAUAAAAAUAAUUUGAGACCUUAAGCCUUUGACAUUUAUUGUAAAUUGUUGGCUUUGCCUUGGCAUUUGGAUGUGGCUGGAAAACCGGGCACAUUUGUCAAAAUUCUCAGUUCAGUUCAAUUAUUUAAACGUUUAUUGAUUUCUUUAAAAAUGCUGAUGAAGAUUCGGGUAAAAACAUUGCUAUACAAUUAUCCCUUUUUUUGGGAUAAAAUCAGAGUAAAAAAAAAAAAAAGAAAAAACAUUUCCCAUAAUUUAUUUCACCUUACGGACAUGAAUUUCAGCAAAUCACAAUGCAUUUUUUUACACUAUGCAUGUAUGUUGCAAUGGUCUUAAUGGGUUAAAAAAAAGUAUAUAAUAAUAAUAAUAAUAUGAAAAUAUUUGAAUAACAUGAUGAUUAAUGUUGUUAAUGAGUCUGAUUGGAGCUGUACAUUUUGGGUAUCCUGUCUGUGAUGUCUGUUCUGUUCUGAGAUAGCUUUAUGAAUACUUGUCGCCUUUCGUACAACCUAGCAGACAUUGAGUAGGAAAAAUGGCCGGAGCAUCAAGGACAUUGGCUCCGACAUGAUUCAUCUUUAUGAAGACGUGCUAUAACGCAGCUGUGAGGCUCUUUGUGCUUAACUGUCACUGUUAAAACUGAAGGCGUGACUAUAUUUUGUAUUACUGUUUGGUGUUUUUUUUUAUAGCACAAAACUACAUAGAGGAGGACUCCAGGAGGGCGAAGUCCUUCUGUUUAACAAUGCAGAGUGAGCAUAAUUAUACUCUCAAUUAGCUCUGUAUAGACAUUCUGUUUGAAUAUUACACUUAUGUAAAAGUAUAAAUCAUGGUUCUGAUCAUCAUUUAAUGUCUGACCUCUUUCUCUUGUUAUUCUUGGUGUAUAAAUGAAAACUAUUUCUCGCCAACCGUAACGGUAAGUAUUGUUACCUCCAUGCUUUCAAACGCAGGGAGACUCCUUUCAUUCGUUUACAUUUUACAGACCACAUGAAUGUCAAAUGAAAAACCUGUUGAAGAUCCAAAUCUAGGAAGAAGAAAAAAAAAGCAUACGGUGUUGAUGUUGUUGUUAUUACUAAUAUUGCUAUCAAAAGAGAAAAAACAGUGUCACAUUAGUGUUUUUUUGCUGUGCGGGAGACUGUCCGGUAUGUAUCAAUGUAUUACUUGUGGACUGCAUUUUGCUCACUGCCUGAGUCAUGAAAUCAAACAGUUCUUAAGGCUCGGAAAUUAGAAGUUUUUCUAAAAGAGUUGCUGCUGUCACGGCAACUCAAACCUUGUCUUACCUUUUUUUGCAACCACAAAUCCGUCGGCUGUGAUCACAAAACUUGAAGUAGUUUCUACUUUUCUUAUCUAAUUUUGUUGGUUUGGGCUGGGUCAGAAAAUCAGCUAGAUGCCUGAAAUGUUAUGUAAUUGUUUCUGUUUAAAUACGACCUGAUUUUAUCUAUAGUCACAAUUUGCUACUUCUAGUGGGAUUUGAAUAUCGGUUGUAAAUGGGGUCAGGUGACAGAGCUGUUUAAAUCACAUGACUCUGGCUGUAGCUACAUAAACUUACAAGUUCCUGUUCUGCAGACAGCAGACUGAACUACCAUGCUAGCUGGCUUGUUGUCGAUGCAUAGAGACUUUUUGCUAACGCUUGAAUUUUAAAUUGUAUAUUUUUCUCCGCGUAUGAAAUGAAUAAAUAAAAUGAUGGCCAUGUCGGA